UACCUACUUGUAAAGAAAUUUUUUAACAAUAUAUAGAGCAUCAAAUGUUGUUAGAUUAAACAUUGGUCGGAAUACACACCUAAAAAUGCCAUUAACAGCAGAACAAGCGAUGCUACAAGUGCAGGAGCGCCUUCGUGCCCUGAAAUCACUGAUCAUUGAAAUUGAAAAUGAGCGCAAGAGAAAUGAGCCGAAUAUAGUCAACUCCAUUCGUUUAGCCAAGAUGUCGAAUGAUGAAAAGUCAUCAUCUUUAAAUCAUAAACUUAAAUCCGUUUACAAAAUCGGCCUUCAAGAUGCGAUUCAAGAAGAGAAUCUAAUUCGUCAAGCAUUGGCAAAAAUCCAAGACAUUCGCAAUAUACGCAAUGAACGCCGGAUUCAAGCGCGGAAUGCCGGAAAUAAGGAAACCAUAAGAAGAGGAGCCCUAAUGAAAAUGUUACAAAUUUCUGCUCAGACACUGCCUCUUUUUGUCAGCAAACCUGGCGAAAAAAUUCCGGCACUUUGUGGAAGUAUACCUGCAGAUAACAGUUACGUGGCUAAACCAGGAGAUAUGGUUGCAGCACUUGUUAAGGGUCUUGAAGAUGAAGAGAACUGGAUCCUAGCAGAGGUCGUUCAAUAUAUAUCAUCUGCCAAUAAGUAUGAAGUGGAUGAUAUUGACGAGGAACAAAAGGAUAGACACAUUUUAAGCAAGCGGCGUAUUGUACCCCUACCAUUAAUGCGAGCGAACCCGGAAACAGAUGGUCAGGCCCUAUUCUCUAAAGGCACCACCGUAAUGGCCCUUUAUCCACAAACUACAUGUUUUUAUAAAGCUGUAAUCAAUCAACUGCCUCAAACAGCAAACGAAGAAUAUGAAGUUCUUUUUGAAGAUCCCACAUAUGCGGAUGGUUAUUCUCCACCAUUGCACGUUGCUCAGCGAUAUGUGAUUGCCAUUAAGCAAAACAAAAAGGUUAGCGCUAGCUCCUGACAGUCCUCUGUCCAGCAGACGUCAACUGCAAGCAGCUCUACUAGUGCGUCCACAUCAUCUGUUGGAAAAUCGACUAUUACACCUGCUACUGGACUUGUGAGUGGUUCAGCAGGAUUGCCUGCUAUCGGUGACUAUAGUGGCAAUUUCGUAUCGAGUGGUUGUUUGUUACCACCCAAAGAGGAACAUUUGAUGGAACCAUUUAUGACUGAUGGGCAGUUCUAAAGAUGUACCGCAUAUCCAUACUGAUCAAUUAUAUUACAUUUAUAUUAAUAAAUAC